GUAAUUGGUUAACGAAAACAAAACUUUGACAGAUGUCAUAACAAAUUGAACGACUGUUUAUUUUUUACGUAACCUACUUUGUUUACUUAGGAUCGUUGUCCGUCCGUUAGUUUGCAAUUGCAUAUUUUCGAAGAAUUUUCAUAGAAAGUAGUGCGGCAUAAUGGCACUUAACGGAUUCAUAGAAUUCUUCCAGAAGGGCAAAACUUUCAGACCGAAAAAGAGGUUCGCCCAUGGUACCAUAAGAUAUAGUCUACACAAGCAGGCAUGUGCAAGUUUGAACUCUGGCAUCAAUCUGCGGGAGGCUGUAAAGCUACCACCUGGGGAAGACACAAAUGACUGGAUUGCAGUACAUGUUGUCGACUUCUUCAAUAGGAUAAACUUAAUUUAUGGCACCAUAUCUGAAUAUUGCACUAUUGAGACUUGUCCAGUAAUGUCGGGUGGUCCUAGGUUCGAAUAUCUGUGGGCUGAUGGCGAUAAAUUCAAGAAACCCACUCAGUUACCAGCCAAAGAAUAUGUUAACAAUUUGAUGGACUGGAUUGAGAAUCAGAUCAAUAAUCAGGCGCUAUUCCCAUGCACCUCUGAUCUACCAUUUCCCAAGAAUUUCUCCACGAAUUGCAGCAAGAUUUUGGCUAGGUUGCAUCGCGUCUUUGUGCACGUCUACAUUCAUCAUUUCGAGAAUGUAGUGACAAUAAACGCCGAAGCUCACGUGAACACUUGCUACAAGCAUUUCUACUAUUUCGUGACGGAGUUCCAAUUGGUUUCCUCUAAAGAGCUGGAGCCGCUCGUUGACAUGGCUUCGAGAAUCUGCAGGGAUUAGUUGUAUUAAUGUUACGUUCAGACCCCCUCGAAUCGAUCCGUCCACGUAACAAGUCUAGUUCCAGCAAUAAUAAUCCCAGUCAAUAGAACGAGACAUUGUGGUACAAUUAAUUUGUAGGAUGAGAUCAAUUCAUUGAUGGUCGUAACAAGUAUGGGUAAUCUGUAUAUGUAUAUGCAGUCCAAAUAAACAAAAAAAACUAGUCGUUAAAUAACUAGUCCUGCGAAUUAAAGAGAAAAUACCAAAAAAAA